AUGACAACCACCCCAACAACCCAACCACACUUCCCACCCCCCGACCUCCUCCCCCUCCUAACAGAAGUAACGUCCCUCCUAAAAUCCACCACCUCCACCCUCUCCAUCGCCGAAACCGCCGCAGGCGGGCUCCUCUCCUCCUCCCUCCUCUCCCAACCAGGCGCCUCAACCUACUUCAAAGGCGGCCUAACCCUCUACACGCUCCCGUCCAGAAUCGCCUACGCCGGCUGGACGCAAGAGACCAUCGCCGCCUACCGGGGCCCGACGACGGACAUCGUGUCCGGGCUGGCCAAACACGUGCGCAAGGAUCUGGAGUCCACGUAUACGCUGGCGGAGAGCGGGACGGCGGGGCCGACGGGCGGGAAUACGGAGAAUCGUAGGCCGGGGUAUGUGGCGCUGGCGGUGUGUUGUGAGGAGGGCGUGUUUGUAAGGGAGUUGAAUACGGGGUUGGGGGGCGAUCGGGUGGGGAAUAUGGUGGCUUUUGCGGUGGAGGGGUUGAGGUUGCUGAGGGAUGUGUUGAAGGGGGAGGUGGAGGGGGGGGGGGGAAAGUUGUGA